GCGCGUGUGUUCACCUCGCAGGGAAUGUUCGUCUUGGGCCUUCCGUACGCUAUCCUGCACGGGGGCUACCUGGGCCUCUUCCUGAUCAUCUUCGCCGCGGUGGUGUGCUGCUACACGGGCAAGAUCCUGAUCGCGUGCCUGUAUGAGGAGGACGAGGACGGCCGCCUUGUGCGCGUGCGCGACUCGUACGUGGACAUUGCCAACGCUUGCUGUGCGCCGCGCUUCCCGGCGCUGGGCGGCCACGUGGUCAACGUGGCGCAGAUCAUCGAGCUGGUGAUGACGUGCAUCCUGUACGUGGUGGUGAGCGGCAACCUGAUGUACAACAGCUUCCCCAACAUGCCCAUCUCGCAGAAGUCGUGGGCCAUCAUCGCCACGGCGGCCCUGCUGCCCUGCGCCUUCCUCAAGAACCUGAAGGCAGUGUCCAAGUUCAGCCUGCUGUGUACGCUCGCCCACUUUGUCAUCAAUGUGCUGGUGAUCGCCUACUGCCUGUCGCGGGCGCGGGUGUGGGCGUGGGACAAGGUCAAGUUCUACAUCGACGUCAAGAAGUUCCCCAUCUCCAUCGGCAUCAUCGUGUUCAGCUACACGUCGCAGAUCUUCUUGCCGUCGCUGGAGGGCAACAUGCAGAAGCCCAGCGAGUUCCACUGCAUGAUGAACUGGACGCACAUCGCCGCCUGCAUCCUCAAGGGCCUCUUCGCCCUGGUGGCCUACCUGACGUGGGCCGACGCCACCAAGGAGGUGAUCACGGACAACCUGCCGCCGGGCAUCCGCGCCGUGGUCAACAUUUUCCUGGUGGCCAAAGCGCUGCUCUCCUACCCCCUGCCCUUCUUCGCCGCCGUGGAGGUACUGGAGAAGAGCUUCUUUCAGGAGGGAGGCCGCGCCUUCUUCCCGGACUGCUACGGGGGCGAUGGACGCCUCAAGUCGUGGGGCCUGAGCCUGCGCUGCGGCCUGGUGGUUUUCACGCUGCUCAUGGCCAUCUACGUGCCGCACUUCGCGUUGCUCAUGGGUCUGACGGGGAGCCUGACGGGCGCGGGGCUCUGCUUCUUGCUGCCCAGCCUCUUCCACCUCAAGCUGUUGUGGAGGAAGCUGCAAUGGCACCAGGUCUUCUUCGACGUGGCCAUCUUCGUCAUCGGCGGGAUAUGCAGCAUCUCCGGUUUCAUCCAUUCCAUGGAGGGGCUUGUGGAGGCCUUCAAGUACAACAUUGAGGAGUAGACUCCGAGCCAAGCUCAACCUCCGGCACGCCUC